AUGAGUGGUACAGUGACAAUGCACAGUGUCUUCGUCUACGGCAGUCUCAUGGCGGACGACGUCGUUCGCCUUCUCCUCAAGCGUGUGCCUCACACCGCUUCCGCAAUCCUCCCUGAUUUCCAUAGAUUCAGCAUCAAAGGACGUGUUUAUCCCACGAUUCUACCAGCUGAGGCUGAUAAAGUCUCUGGCAAGGUACUCUUUGGAAUUACAGAUGAUGAACUUUACAUUUUAGAUGAGUUUGAGGAUAUUGAGUAUACAAGAGAGAAUGUUCAAGUUUUGCUAACUGAUAGCUCAGAGAAACUGCAAACAAAAACCUACGUAUGGGCCAACAAAGAUGAUCCUGAUCUGUACGGUACAUGGGACUUCGAGGAAUGGAAGCAACUUCACAUGGAAGGUUUCUUGAAGAUGACUAAAGAAUUUGCAGAACAGAUGAACUUACCGGAAUCAGAGACAUGA